CCCCCUCCCAACCGGCUCUGAGCUCCCGGCUUCUCCUCCUCCAUCCGCGCAUCUCUGAAGCCGGCUCCGCCAUGGCCUGGCUCUGGAAGCGCGGGGGGUGAACGGACCAGGGGGGUCUCCAGGAGCCCCGAAACCGGCUACCCACCCCCAGCCACCCCCACCCCCAAAAGCGGGGCACGCAGCCACAGAAAAUGGAGAUCUCGCUGGGCCAGUGGCUGCUCAUCCUCUUCUUGGUGGCCGUCCCGCUUCUGUACGAAUGGAGUGCCACUUUCAAGUAUUUCUGUAAGAUGACGUUCUACAACAGCUACAUCCUCUUCCUGGCUAUCAUUGCGAUCCCGAUUUGUGCCGUCCGUGGGCGCAACGUGGAGAAUAUGAAGAUAUUACAAUUCAUGUUGCUUCACAUCAAAUAUCUCUAUGGAAUCAAGAUCGACGUGCGGGGGACCGAGAACUUCAACAUCAAGGAGCCCUACGUGGUGGUAUCCAACCACCAGAGCUCCCUUGACUUGCUGGGUUUAAUGGAGGUGUUGCCAGACCGGUGUGUGCCAAUUGCCAAAAAGGAGCUGAUGUACAUGGGCACGGUGGGGUUGGCCUGCUGGCUGGGAGGCAUCAUUUUUAUCAACCGCAAGAAAACCAACGAUGCCAUCAGCGUCAUGUCUGAGGCCGCCCAAACUAUGCUGAGCCAAGAUGUUCGGGUCUGGGUGUUUCCUGAGGGUACCAGGAAUCACAACGGCUCCAUGCUUCCCUUCAAACGGGGCGCCUUCCAUUUGGCAGUGCAAACCCAGGUUCCUCUCAUCCCUGUUGUAAUCUCAUCGUAUCGAGAUUUCUACAGUAAGAAGGACAGGCGCUUCACCACAGGGCGCUGCAUUGUCCAGGUCUUGUCCUCCGUGCCCACGAAGGGGCUGAGAGCCGACGACGUGCCGGCUCUGACGGAUCGAGUGCGCCAAGCCAUGUUGGCUGCUUUCGAGGGGCUUUCUGCGGAUCUGGGUUCCCCGCAGUGACCUCCGCCACCGCUUCCCUUCCCCCCCAAACGUCUGACCCAGGAGCACGGCGGGCUGCGACUGGGAGCAGCUGGCACCCGCAGGCGGUCAACAUGAAGAUGAGGGAGGGGAGAGGAAUCGGAUCCGUUUUUGGGCAGAGGAGCGAUGGGCUCAGCACCUUGCGGCAAAGAAAGGGGUGGGGCUUGAAACGGGUGGGGAGGGGGCUGGACUCGGGCCACGUGUGCAAGGGGACCUAGGAGCGGAAUGGAUGCCGAGCCACCCUUGUUGCCCUCUUCACUUCUGGGUCAGAGCUCUGACUCUCCCCAGUAGAUGGUACAGUCCGUUCCCUGCCUCCAUCUCUUUGC